AUGAUCCAAAUUUGUGACAAGAUUCCCAUUAACAAUAACAUAACAGGUGAGUUCCUUCCAUCAUUGUCCAUGUUUAAUUUCAUAUUCAAAUCUUUGCCUGAUUUGAGGUGUGUUGUAUCAACUUCACCAAUCCAGAAACUGCAUUUUCUUCAACAACACCCAUUUUGUUCAUCAUCAUUGUUCACAGUCGAUUACCUUAUAAAAUCAUGUGGGCUUCCUCCAGAAAAGGCUCUCGCAACCUUCAAAUCUUCACAUUCAUGUGCACCCAAUAUUAAAGCUCUGAGAGAAUCAAGUGUGCCCGAAUCGAAUAUUGUGACACUCCUUACAAAUCAUCCUAGAGUUUUCAUAAGUAGUACUGUUAGGUUUAAGGAGAGUGUGGACGAAGUAAAGAAAAUGAGUUUCAACCCUAUCACAGUGAAUUUUGCUUUAGCGAUUCGGACACUGAGGCAAAUGAGUAAAUCAACUUGGGAAAAGAAGGUGGAGGUUUAUAAGAAGUGGGGUUUGUCUGAGGAUGAGAUUUUAGUGGCUUUUAGGAAGCAUACAUCUUGUAUGAUGACGUCAGAGGAUAAGAUUAUGAUGAUAAUGGAUUUUUUUGUCAAUAAAAUAGGUUGGGAGUCUUUAAUUGUUGUGAGGGUGCCAAAGCUUUUGUCCCUGAGCUUGGAGAGGAGGUUCAUUCCAAGGUGUUUGGUUUAUCAAAUUCUGUUGUCGAAAGGUUUGAUUGAGAAGAAAUUUAGCUUCACGAUGUUGGAGUCUCCUGAAAGUCAACACCUAAAGAAGUAUGAGAAAAAAUACGACGAAGAAGCUCCUGAGCUUUUGAAGUUAUAUCAGGAGAAGUUGAAUCUUUCAAAGUAA